ACAUGAUAAUAAUUUAUGAAAAUUAAAAUUACGUUCCAACAUCUCUUCUGAACCUGGUCGUUAUUUAUUGAAUUGAAUUAUCUGUUUAGUGCACACGUUCAGUGAUUUGCCAACAACAUCCAGCUGAACUGAGAAACUUUGUUGGAUGGCCAAACCAGGUUCAAAAUGCUCUACCAUUGAGCUACGAAAACCAAUUUGAGAUGAACUUACACCUGAUGCCCAAUGUAACUAACACCUUCAGUAUUUUUUUUUUUUUUACAGCUCAGAAGGCUACACUGAACUUGAAUUCUGGUUUGAGUCUGCAAAACUCUACCAUAGGCACUAAUUUACCUCAGUUCCAAGAUGAACCACAACUUCAUGGGGAUAAAGAGCACUGGCCAAUAGAGAAAGAAAAAGAUAAGCCAACAAAGAAGUGUAAACGUGUAAGAUCUUGAACUCUCCAUCAUUUUUGGAUUACAGUUUGUGGCAUAAUUCUCUCCAUGGAAACUUCUUUGUACUCCUGCUUCUUGCUCUUCCUAUUCCUCUAUUUCUUCUCUAAACAUCUUCUCCAAAUCAACAAGAACCUCCCACCAAGUCCUGGUCUCUCCCUACCCAUUAUAGGUCAUCUCCACCUCUUCAAGAAACCCCUCCACCGAGCCUUCGCUGAUCUUUCCAAAAAAUAUGGUCCAAUUCUAUACCUCAAGUUUGGGUCCCGUCCUGUCAUCCUCGUGUCAUCCCCUGCUGUUGCAGAGGAAUGCUUCACUAAGAACGACAUAAUUUUUGCAAAUCGUCCCCGACUUCUUGCCGGAAAACACCUUGGAUACAAUUACACCACCCUUGUCUGGGCCUCCUACGGCGAUCACUGGCGCAACUUAAGGCGCAUAGCUUCUCUUGAACUCUUGUCAUCUUAUCGCCUACAGAUGUUCCAUAAUAUACGUGUGGAAGAGGUCAGAUCAUUGGUUCGCAGGAUUUUUAGGCAAUCAAAAUAUGGUGAAUUCGUGACUGUGGACAUGAAAUUAAUGUUCUUCGAGCUUACACUCAAUGUUAUGAUGAGGAUGAUUGCGGGAAAGCGAUAUUAUGGAGAGAGCAUGGAAGAGUUGGAUGAUGAAAGGAGGUUUAAAGAAAUUGUGACAGAGACUUUUGAAUUGAGUGGAGCUACGAAUAUUGGAGAUUUCUUGCCGGGUUUGAAGUGGAUUGGAUUGAAUAAGAUUGGAAAGAGGCUAGAAGCACUGCAAAGAAAGAGGGAUAGGUUCAUGCAAGAGUUGAUUGAAGCGCACAAAAGAUCAAAGGGUGAUUCUGCUUCUGUGAAGAGGGAUAAGACUAUGAUUGAUGUCUUGCUAGGGCUGCAAGAAAAUGAGCCUGAAUACUAUACAGACGAUAUAAUCAGAGGCAUGAUGCAGGUUCUAUUGUCAGCUGGGAGUGACACUUCUGCUGGAACCAUGGAGUGGGCACUAUCACUUUUGCUAAACAAUCCAGAGGCCCUUGUGAAAGCCAAGGCCGAAAUUGCCAAAAACAUAGGGCAAGCCAAGCUCAUUGAAGAAUCAGACCUCUCCAAGCUUCCCUAUCUCCAUGGGAUCAUUAAUGAGACCCUCCGAAUCCACCCAACUGCUCCACUGCUAGCACCCCACGAGUCAUCUGAGGAGUGCACUGUAGGAGGUUUCGACGUCCCACAAGGCACAAUGUUAUUGGUGAACAUGUUUGCUAUACAAAAUGAUGCUAACUUUUGGGCAGAGCCCACAAAGUUUAAGCCAGAGAGAUUUCAGGGCUUAGAGCAAAAAAAAGAGGGAUACAUGUUAUUGCCGUUCGGGGCUGGGAGGAGGGGUUGCCCCGGAGAGGGCCUAGCCAUGAGGAUGGUUGGGUUGGCUUUGGGAACUCUAGUUCAAUGCUUUGAGUGGGAAAGAGUAGGUGAAGAGAUGGUGGAUAUGAAGGAAGGGAGUGGGCUCACUAUGGCCAAGGCUGAGCCCUUGCUUGCUAAAUGUAGGCCCUGCCCAACCAUGGUCAAGCUCCUCUCUCAGUCCUAAGGCUGUGGAAAUUUUAUAUUUCAACAGCCAAAUUGCGAAAAUUUGUCAAGUGUAAUUUUGUUUAAUCACUUCUUUCCAUCAGAAUAAUCGAACAGUGAUUUUUAUCUUUCAAAAAUGCGUCAUGCGUGCACGAAACAAGUUUUUGCUUUCGCAAGGAACUGAUUGAUUCUGCCACUUCUUUGUGAGA